ACGACAGAACUUCCGGUCGGCAUUUUGUUCUACGAGAGGAGAGCCUCUUGAUGAUCGCAAAAUUCGUCAUAUUUAUCAUUUACGCUCGAAAUUGACUGCAAAACAUUGCUUAUGUCGGUACGGACCGGCUGAAACUCCGAAGAACGAAUGUUUUCCCACGAAUUUACGUUGAAACAUUCACCCUUGAGUAACGGAAGAAGAACGAAUCAGUCCGACCCGGAUUAUUGUUGAUAGCUAUUAGCAGGCUAGCUCAUCGGCUAGCAGGGGAGCCUAGUCGAGUUCCUUCUGUAGGAGCUGCGAGAGAGAAGAAAGGGGGAGCUAGAGAUACGGACACAAACCAAGCUAAAACAUUCCCCUCCCUUUCAGCGCAACAUCCUAAGCAGAGUGGAGGUGUAGGACUUUUUAUCUGAAAUGUCAGUGAGUCCACCGGAGACUGCACAAAGUUUUUCGAAAAGGUGCUGGGAGAUGUGAGGACGGGUGGCGUUCGACCCCCUGAUCUACCUGUGUAUCAACACACUCCCCCACCCUCACCUUCAGCAUGAAUGGGGAUAUGCCUCAUGUUCCCAUCACCACUCUUGCUGGGAUCGCUAGCCUCACUGACUUGUUGAACCAGCUGCCCCUCCCUUCCCCUCUACCUGCCACCACCACUAAAAGCCUCCUGUUCAAUGGGAGGAUUGCAGAGGAUGUUAGCCGUCUGUUGGACUGUCGAGAUGAGAAUCUGGCCUCCCAGUUAGCCCAUGGCCUCAACCAGGUCUCCACAGAGCACAUAGAACUGAAGGACAACCUGGGAAGCGAUGAACCUGAAGGCGAUGCACCACUGUUGCUGCGGACCAUGCUGGCCAGGAACCCUGGCAUCUUCAGGGAGAAAAAUGUUAUGCAGCAGUCAAUGGUACCAUCAUUCAAGGUCACCCAAAACUCCAUGCAUAGUCCUGCCCAGUCAGCAAACUUUCAGCCUUCUGCAAUGUCUCCCAAUCCAUCAAGUCGGUUUGUGGCACCGCAGACCGGGUCCGGGGGUCGGUACAUGGGCCAACAGAACAGUCCAGUGCCCAGCCCUUACACUCCUCAGAGCCCCGCACCUGGUUACAUACAGCAGUAUCCCCACCAGCAACCACCCAGUUACAACCAGACCCAACAGAUACAAGCAUCUGUGGCGAGCCCGAUGGUGUCUGGCGGCAUACGAAAUAUCCACGAAGACAAAGUUUCUGGGCAGUUGUCCAGUGCUCCCAAUCACUACCCAGACAGACUCGGUACUGAGGACUACAUGAAUAUGGUGCAACGUCGGAGCAUUGAGGAGGGUGACCCCGCCAUGAGGAAUCCUUCUUUCCCUCUGAGGUCUCCACAGUCCGGCUGUUCUCCAGCAUCAAGUGAAGGAACACCAAAACCGGGUUCUCGCCCACCCCUUAUUCUACAGUCCCCACCUCCUUAUGCAGCCUCACCCAGAGAAGGAGGCCCUGACACAAAGCAGCAUCUCCAGCAAAGGAAGAAAGCUCCUACAGUAAAAGAGGAAAAAGAUAUGUAUGACAUCGUUAGCUCUCCAAACAAGGACUCUACAAAACUUACCCUAAAGCUGUCCAGGGUUAAGUCAAAUGAAUCUGAUCCAGCAUGUGAUGUUCCUGGUAUGGAACAGAACUCAGACCUAAUGGAGACAGAGUUGGCCUUUCAGCACGUUCCGGUUCUCCAGCAAAAUCUAGCAGCCCGGCAUCAACAGCAGCAGGUCUUCCAGCAAGCAGUUGGUGCCAGUGGUCUUCAACCUCCAAGUUCACCUUACGAUGAGGCAGAGCUUGAUGCUCUUGCUGAAAUUGAAAGGAUAGAACGAGAGGCAGCUAGUGAGAAGUGUUCCAAGGAGGUGCAAGAUAAAGACAAGCCACUGAAGAAGAGGAAACAGGAUUCUUUUCCCCUUGAGCCAGGUGCUGGGGGACCGGGUGGUCCUACUGGUGCCCCAGGCAGUGGAUCAACAGGAGGUGGCAAUGCUGGCAAACUGACACCACAGGAGGCCACCGCAGCUGGAAAUGGUGCCAGUCGCCCUCCCCUCAUGGUGAGCAUCGAUCUCCAGCAGGCAGGCAGAGCUGAUGGCCAGCUUGACCCCUGCCUGGCUGCUCCUAUUCCUGCCCUUGAGGCCCAACGCUGGCCUGAAGAACCAGCUAGUGGGCCUGCAGCCGUGGAGGGUUCUGACACAGCUUUACGGUUGAAACCAGAUGGACGACCCGAAGUCAUUAAGAACAGUGUUGAUAAACAUGAUAGCAGGAGAGAAGGCCGGGACUCAUCCAAGCACCGACAUCAUGAAAAGUCAUCAGACAGACGCGGAGAGAUUCCUAAGUCAACGAGUCGAGGGGAUCAUGGACGAGAUAGAGACCGUGAAUCUGAAAGAGAUCGGAGGCAUCGGAGUGAGACUGGCAGUCGAGAUAGACGGUCUCCUGAUGCUCGCUCUCGAAAUGAUCGAGAUAGGUCUGGCUUCCAGGCCUCUUCCACCGGAGAGCCUGGUCGGAGCAACAGUAGACAAGAUGGAUCCAAACUGGCUUCUUCUGCUGCUGGUGCUAAAAUUCCAGAUUCCUUCCCUGCUCAGCUCCUUGGAGGACAUACUGGAGCUCUGAAGAACUUCCAGAUCCCUAAGAUUAACCGUGACAGGGACAUCAGUGGGUCAAGUGAAGGUCAAAUGUGGGGGCAGCCAAAGGUUAAACUGGAGAGACUGGGUUUGGUGAAGGAUUUUGAGAAGCGGCCCAAGCCAGUGGUGGUUCUAAAAAAGCUCUCAGUUGACCAGAUUCAGAGGAUAAUUCGACACAGCAAAACUGGGAAAAACAGGUUCUCCUCAGGAAGGUCUGGCAAAGGUGAGAUGGACCCAGCGAUUCUGAAAGAACUCCCCCCAGAGUUGCUGGCGGAGAUAGAGUCAACCAUGCCUUUGUGCGAAAGGGUCAAGAUGAACAAGAGGAAGCGAAGCACUAUAAAUGAAAAGCCCAAAUAUGCUGAAGUCAGCUCAGAUGAAGACUUUGAGGCAAAUGGAGAGUCGGCAAGGAAGCGUCACAGACGAGACAAAGACAGAACCUGGGAAUUUGAAGAAAGAGAGCGACGAGGUUCAGGGGACCACCGGAAAAGUGGGCACCGAGACAGCCGGCGAGGCUCAGGGAGUCGCUACCGCGAUUCCUCUGAUGAAGACUCACCACCACCCAGCAUGAGCGAACUUGCCAGAAAAAUGAAGAUGAAGGAGAAGCAGAAGAAAAGGAAAGCAUAUGAGCCCAAACUAACCCAAGAAGAGCUAAUGGACUCGUUCACAUUCAAGAGGUUCUCAGCAAGCAUUGACAACAUACUAGAAAAUCUGGAGGAUGUGGACUUCACUACCAUGGCAGAUGAUGAUGAGAUACCUCAGGAAUUGCUGCUCGGUAAACACCAGUUGAAUGAGCUGGGCAGUGAGUCAGCCAAAAUUAAAGCCAUGGGCAUCACAAGCAGGAUCCCCUCAGACAAGUUAGUGAAGCUCUUGAACAUCCUAGAAAAGAACAUCCAGGAUGGAUCCAAGCUCUCUACCUUGAUGAAUCAUGAUCAAGAUGCUGAAGAUGAGGAAAGACUUUGGAGAGAUCUAAUAAUGGAGAGAGUCACAAAAUCAGCAGAUGCCUGUCUGACAGCUCUUAAUGUCAUGACUUCAAUGCACAUGCCUAAGGCUGUCUACAUUGAAGAUGUGAUUGAGCGGGUUCUACAGUACACCAAGUUCCACCUUCAGAACACCUUGUACCCACAGUAUGAUCCUGUCUACAGGGUGGACCCACAUGGAGGUGGCAUGUUGAGCUCCAGGGCAAAGCGUGCAAAAUGCUCCACACACAAGCAACGUGUCAUUGUAAUGUUGUACAACAAAAUUUGUGACAUUGUCAGCAACAUUUCAGAGCUCCUAGAAAUCCAGCUGCUUACAGACACCACCAUCCUCCAGGUUUCUUCUAUGGGAAUCACUCCGUUUUUUGUGGAGAAUGUCAGUGAGCUGCAGUUAUGUGCCAUUAAACUUGUCACAGCGGUUUUCUCACGUUAUGAGAAGCAUCGGCAGCUUAUCUUGGAGGAAAUCUUUACCUCUUUGGCAAGAUUGCCCACCAGCAAACGCUCUCUUAGGAACUUCAGGCUAAACAGCUCGGACCAGGAUGGAGAACCGAUGUACAUUCAGAUGGUAACAGCUCUAGUGCUGCAGUUGAUCCAAUGUGUGGUCCAUCUUCCCAGUGACAAGGAUGUUUUUGAAGAGUAUGACAAAGUGGAUCAGGACGUCUUGAUAACCAACUCUUAUGAGACAGCAAUGAGAACAGCACAAAAUUUCCUCUCAGUCUUCCUCAAAAAAUGUGGCAGCAAACAGGGGGAAGAAGAUUAUCGGCCGUUGUUUGAGAACUUUGUCCAGGACCUGUUGUCAACAGUAAACAAACCUGAGUGGCCUGCUGCAGAGUUGUUGCUCAGUCUGCUUGGUAGACUACUGGUGCACCAGUUCAGUAAUAAACAGACAGAAAUGGCUCUGAGAGUAGCAUCUCUAGACUACCUUGGCACAGUAGCUGCUCGUCUAAGGAAGGACGCUGUUACAAGCAAGAUGGACCAGAGAUCCAUUGAUCGAAUCCUAGAAGAGUCUCAAGGCAGUGAUGAGACCCAGCAGCUGCAGAAAGCUUUACUGGACUAUAUGGAAGAGAACGCCGAGACAGAUCCUUCACUUGUGUUUUCCAGAAAAUUUUAUGUAGCUCAGUGGUUUCGUGAUGCUACAACAGAAGCCGAGAAGUCCAUGCGGAACCAGAAUCCAAAAGAUGAGGACUCGUCAGAUGGACCACAGCAUGCGAAAGAGAUAGAAACUACUGGUGAAAUCAUGCAGCGUGCAGAGAAACGGAAAAAGUUUCUACGCAACAUCAUAAAAACUACGCCGACUCAUUUUACCACACUCAAAAUGAACUCUGACACUGUGGACUAUGAUGAUUCCUGUCUGAUUGUGCGUUAUUUGGCCUCUAUGAGGCCCUUCGCCCAGAGCUUUGAUAUUUAUUUAACACAGAUCUUGCGAGUUCUUGGGGAAAGUGCCAUUGCUGUAAGGACUAAAGCCAUGAAAUGUCUGUCUGAGGUUGUGGCUGUGGACCCCAGCAUACUGGCAAGGUCUGACAUGCAGCGAGGUGUUCAUGGUCGUUUGAUGGACAACUCCACCAGUGUGAGAGAGGCAGCUGUGGAGCUGCUGGGCAGGUUUGUGCUCAGCAGACCCCAGCUCACUGAGCAAUACUACGACAUGCUCAUAGAGAGGAUUCUGGACACUGGUAUAAGUGUGAGAAAGCGUGUGAUCAAGAUUCUCAGAGAUAUCUGUCUGGAGCAACCAACCUUCAGUAAGAUUACUGAGAUGUGCGUGAAGAUGAUCCGCAGGGUCAAUGAUGAGGAAGGCAUCAAGAAACUGGUGAAUGAGACAUUCCAGAAGUUGUGGUUUACUCCAACACCGGCACAUGACAAAGAGACCAUGACCAGAAAGAUUCUCAACAUUACUGAUGUUGUUGCAGCAUGUCGAGACACUGGUUACGACUGGUUUGAACAACUUCUCCAAAAUCUUCUUAAAUCCGAAGAGGAUGCGUCGUAUAAACCAGCUAAAAAGGCAUGUGUUCAGCUCGUUGACAAUCUGGUGGAGCACAUCCUUAAAUACGAAGAGUCUCUUGCAGAAAGCAAAGGGGUAAACUCAACGCGAUUGGUGGCGUGCAUCACCACGUUGUACUUGUUCAGCAAGAUUAGAGCCCAGCUAAUGGUCAAACAUGCCAUGACCAUGCAGCCCUAUCUGACCACAAAGUGUAAUACUGCCAAUGACUUCAUGGUUAUUUGUAAUGUAGCGAAGAUCUUGGAGCUCGUGGUGCCUCUGAUGGAGCAUCCAAGUGAAACUUUUCUUGCCACCAUUGAGGAAGACCUCAUGAAGCUCAUAAUUAAAUAUGGCAUGACGGUGGUUCAGCACUGUGUAAGCUGUCUUGGAGCUGUUGUAAACAAAGUCACACAUAACUACAAGUUUGUCUUGGCUUGCUUCAACAAAUUUUAUGGUGCACUUAACAAACUUAAGAUCCAACAUCAAGAGGACCCCAAUAGCACAACAUUAGCAGCAAACAAGCCUUUUCUUCUGCGAUCUCUGUUCACUGUGGGUGCAUUGGCUCGACACUUUGACUUUGAUCUGGAGGAGUUUAAAGGCCCCAACAAGGUUAUUAUCAAGGAAAAAGUUCUUGAGCUGCUGCUAUACUUCACCAAACAUGAGGAUGAGGAAGUCAAGACCAAAGCCAUCAUUGGCUUAGGUUUCCUUGUCAUCAUGCAUCCCAGCCAGAUGUUUGUGCCUGAGGUGAAGUCCUUGUACAAUGGGAUUUUGGCAGACAGCUUGUCCUCCAUCAAUCUCAAAAUCCAGAUCCUUAAAAACCUGCAGACGUACCUUCAAGAAGAGGACACACGAAUGCAGGAAGCGGACAGAGAAUGGAAGAAACUGUCAAAACAAGAGGAUCUGAAAGAGAUGGGAGACAUUUCUUCAGGGAUGAGCAGCUCCAUUAUGCAGCUUUAUCUAAAACAAGUGUUGGAGGCGUUCUUUCACACCCAGUCCAGCGUACGGCACUUUGCUCUCAGCGUCAUAGCUCUCACACUCAAUCAGGGCCUCAUCCAUCCUGUACAGUGCGUACCCUACCUCAUCGCAAUGGGAACAGACCCAGAGCCCAGCAUGAGGAACAAAGCUGACCAACAGCUGGUGGAGAUUGACAAGAAAUACACAGGAUUCAUCCAUAUGAAGGCAGUUGCUGGGAUGAAGAUGUCAUACAAUUUGCAGCAGGCCAUCGUUACGUCUCGCAAAUCUGUAAUAAGAGGUUUCAGACAAGACGAGACCCACUCGGCGCUCUGUUCCCACCUCUAUUCUAUGAUCCGGGGGAACCGGCACCAUCGGCGGGCUUUUCUCAUCUCGUUACUAAACCUCUUUGACGACAGCGCCAAGACAGAAGUAAAUAUGCUGCUGUUUAUCACAGACAACCUGGCUUAUUUUCCAUACCAGAGCCAGGAAGAGCCUCUCUUCAUCAUGCACCACAUAGACAUCACACUGUCUGUUUCUGGCAGCAAUCUGUUGCAAACAUUCAGAGAGCUUCUUCUAAAGGAGCCGAGGCGUAAGGUAAAGAAAGUGAAGGAGUGGAAAAACACGUCUGAUGGGGAAGACGAAGAGGAAAAGAUGAACUGUUACUCUUCCAGGAGUGAUGAAGAAAACAGCAACAGCGAGGACAAUGACAACGAUGACGAAGAUGCUGUGGUACGACGGCCAAAGAAGACAAGAAAACCUGUUCGAAACUCGGACAGCUCGGACUCUGAGUCUGAUCUGGAUGAUUUAGAUGUGGAGGACGCAGACAAAGUAAUGAGACUUCUUCCAGACAAUCCCACAGGGCUCUUGGACUUUGCCAAUGCUGUUCAGGGCAUCUUACUUCUGCUCGUGCUCAAACAACAUCUAAAGAACCAGUAUGGAUUCUCUGACAGUAAAAUUCAGAAGUACUCUCCAACCGAGUCAGCCAAGGUGUACGAUAAGACAGUGAACAGAAAAAGCAAUAUUCACUUCAACCCUCGACAAACCAUGGACUUCAUCUCCAACAACUUGGCUAGCGCCACACUGACAGAGGAUGUAAAAAGGAGGAUAGUCAAACAGUACCUAGAUUUUAAGGUCCUGAUGGAACAUCUGGAUCCAGAUGAAGAGGAUGAGGAGGGAGAAGCAUCUGCCAGCGCCAACAUCAGAAACAAAGCCAUAAACGCUCUGUUAGGAGGCUCCGGCCCCAUGUCAGGACCUAGUCCGCGCAAUCAGGCGGGACCAGAGACUGACGAUGACGACAGUGAUAGCGAUGAAAGGAUUCCAGGGUCCUCUCGAAAGUCGAGGAGAUCGGGUGAUCCAGGCCGCAUGAGCGAGACAGUAGAGACGAUGGAUGUGAUCGCCCUCUGCUGCCCCAAAUACAAAGACCGGCCGCAGAUAGCUCGAGUCAUCCAGAAAACUUCCAACGGAUACAGCAUCCACUGGAUGGCAGGCUCCUAUUCGGGGCCCUGGGCAGAAGCCAAGAAACGGGAUGGACGCAAACAGGUGCCUUGGGUGGACACUAUUAAAGAGUCGGACAUCAUUUACAAGAAGAUUGCCUUGACCAGCAACCACAAACUGAGCAACAAAGUUGUACAGACUUUACGCUCACUAUAUGCAGCGCGGGAAGGAGGGGCUAGCUAAUGGCUCCUGUUUUUUUGUUUUGUUUUGUUUUGUUUUUAUUUGCUCCAUUUCUACUUUAUGAAAAUCCUCCUCUUCCCUGCUCCUACUCCUCCUUCUCAACCUGUCACCUCCAACAACACAGCCAAACUUCACUGGAUUCCUACCUAGCCCCUCUUCCUCAUUUUUGUAAGAACACAGAGGGCAAGAAUAUUUGACACUACAUACUUUUACAUGAGUUAUUCUUGCAAAAACGAUACAAAACCCAAGACUUAUAUUCGAGGGACUGCUGAUGUUUUUGUGUACAUGUUCAGCGGAAAGAAUCCUGAAGGCAUUAAAGGAGUAAUUCCCCCAAAUUAUUCUUUAAAAGGCUAUCAGAGAAGAGACCUGGAGGGAAAUGUUUUGUCAACAUUGUUGUGGGAGCUCCUUCGCUGUUGUGCAGCAGAUUCUAGUCGCUCAUUUCUACUCCCACUGUAUUAUAGUUUAACAUGACAAAAACUAAAAUGUUUAUAUCUCUGAAUACAAAAAAAGCUGUAAAAAAAGAAUAAAACCUUAAGUGAAUGUUGGAAAUUAGUCUUUUUGAUGUUCUUAUUAAAAGUGUUUUUUGGAAUUUAUUAUACUAGCACCCUGAUGGAUUUUUUUCUUUUAGCUUUUAGAUAUUUGAGA